GAAAUGACCAAUAGAUGGCAGUAAUACACUUUGAUGGAGGGCAGCUUCUGCUGAACAUAACCAAAGAAGAAGAAGUAAAAGCGGAAGAGACGUGGCACAUAAACAGACAGAGGAAGGAAUCAGCUCAGGUUUAUGAUGACACCCUCUGUAGCCGACUUACAUGUGAAUUUGAGAAGGCAGCUUGAAUGACAACAUACAACAUAACUUAAAACGAACGGGCCUAUAUUAAUGUCUAUGUGACAGUGCACGCGGCUAUGGGUCUCUGCAAGUGUCCAAAGAGAAAGGUGACCAAUUUAUUCUGUUUCGAACAUCGUGUGAACGUGUGCGAACAUUGCCUCGUCUCCAACCACAACAAGUGUAUCGUGCAGUCAUAUCUGCAGUGGCUCCAGGACAGUGAUUACAACCCCAACUGUGCUCUGUGCAAUCAUCCACUGACAUCACAAGACACAGUCAGACUGGUCUGCUAUGAUGUGUUUCACUGGGCCUGUCUUAAUAACUUGGCAUCGAGGCUGCCACUCCAUACGGCCCCAGCAGGGUACCAGUGUCCCACCUGUCAGGGUCCAGUCUUCCCCCCUUCCAACUUGGCCAGCCCAGUUGCUGAUGUGCUAAAAGAGCAGCUGUCAUCUGUUAACUGGGCCAGAGCUGGUUUAGGGCUGCCACUGAUUGAAGAGGCUGUUGGCGUCCUUGAAGAGACAACGGUUAAUGAUGUCACCGAUUACAGAGACUGGUCCACAUUUGAUGCACAAGAACAGAGCAACAUAUACCCCAGUCAGUCUUACAACUCCAGCAUCAGCUCACCAUCUGUCUCACCUCCAACGCAGGAAGACCUCGGGGGUCUUCACAAAAAUGGGGAUCCAAAUAUCCAGGAUCACGCUGUGAUCAAUUUUACUACUGCCAACACCUGCGACACCAUUACAAUGCACAAAGCAUCUUCACCACGAAAAGUCUACGACACACGGGACGUUGCUCACAGCUCCGUCACACAAAUUGACUUUGAUGAUGACAAGUACCGGCGGCGACCGGCGCUGAGUUGGUUUGCACAGAUUUUAAAGAACCGCUCUGGUGGGAAAAGGACCUCCCUGUCCUGGAAGCAGCGGGUCUUCAUGCUCCUGUUGGUGGGCGUUCUGGGAUUCUUUACGUUGAUAAUCAUCAUGGCCAAACUUGGACGUGCCUCGGCGGGCUCAGACCCUAAUUUAGAUCCUCUCCUCAACCCAAACAUUCGCGUGGGGAAAAACUGACGACGAGCAACCCUUUGUUUUACUUGAGUGUUACAUGACGGGAGUGUGUGGAGUGAGCUGAGUUGGAUCCCUCCUGUACCGGGUCAGCCCGGCAGAGGGAGCUGUUUAUCCAACUUUAGGAGGCCGGAUCCUUUGUUUGCGUCAGGCACAUGGAGCAUGUCAGGGCCCUCUUAAGGACUGAAAAGAAAUCACUCACUAAAUUCAGGAACUUUCCUGAUCCAAGCAACAAGCAGGUGUAAAAGGUGACCAAGGCGCAGUGCAUAGGUGAUUUACAGGUUUUGUUUCUUUGGUGACUAGGGCAACACUUAUUCCAGCUAAUAUUUGUCAGUGAUCUUUGUAAUCUAUUUGAUUUUAUUUUUUUUCCUGCUAAGUUUUCUCUAGAGAGAGUUUUGAUAUUGAGAGAGAAUCUCCUGCUGGCAGAAAUGUCAGAAUGUUAUAAUUUGCCGCUAAACUGAUUCCUACUGCUGAUGGUUUAAGGGGCUCUGUGCAAUUAUCCAUUUCAGAAGGAGGCCCUUUCAGACCUGGACUCAGACACGACCACACAUACAACAUAAAUAUGAGUGUCUCUAGUGACUUUGCUUUUAGAUUGGCCAUCUCUACUGUAUGUACCUUUUCCUGAUGUUUUUGACUGUCCAUUAAAUGGUAAUACUACAUAAACCUAACAUUUGAAAGUUCGUGGCCUUUUCAUCUUUUUUUCCCUAUCCAGCUAAGAAACCUCGCACUUGGUGUGGAGCUUUGUCGGCUGUAAAACCAUCAGAAACUGUUUGUUGCACAAUCCGGCCGUACAAACAGAGACAGUGCCUGUUGUGUUCUGGAGGCAUAUGAUGGCUGGAAGCAGCAUAUCAAUACUAACUCAUGCUGGGGAUUUCAGAACUAAUUAAAAGCCUGCACGUUGGCUGUAGGACGUGUUGCAGUUACGCAAGAACCAUAGUAACAGAACAGUUUGUGUUUUCUCAAGAGUUGUCAGGUCUCAUUCAAACAUCCAGUGAUGUUUUAGUAAUUACAAUUCAGUGCUUUAGAUACAUGCACGUGUUCCCUACAUGUAAUCCUCUGAAUGAAAGCAUGAUGAACGGAAGUUGAAUGGAAAAAAAUGCAUCUAAUGUCCUGUUCUGUUGUCGAUUCUGCAAUGUUCAAUACUUUUCUGGAGCCAUUAUGCACACUCCUCCCCUCAGAGGUGCAGAACCUCCCCCUCCUGUCCUGUGGAGGUCAUUAAACUCAAUGAGGUUACCUUUCAAUUCUGUAGUUAUGCUCUUUUGUGUUGAUUUUGCAUCAUAAAUACCACUUUUUCAGGCUUCAGGGCAAAACCUAAAUCAUAUUUUUACUUUUCUUUUACAAAAUUAGACUUUGGCCUUUCACGUCUUCAGAAUAAUAUUGUAACACACUCUCAUUGCAUGCAAUUAAAUACAACUAAAUGUAGGUAUUGUCAAAAACUUGUGAGCGCAGUAAAACUGUCAAAGACAUUUAAUUAAUGCAGCCUUUCCGCACAUGAAUUUUUAUCAUGAUGCGAUGUGGAGUUGCAGUAUUCUCACACGAAGAGGGCUGAUGUUAUCUGUUCAGUUCAUGGUGUCCUUGGGAAUCCUCACACUUAUUCCAGUGUAGAUAUUGGUGUUGUAAAUAUCCACCGGCGGGUCACGUGUUUUCAUGCGAGUGUUCACUGACAUACCCGAUUUUCCAUUGCGUUUGUCACAGCAGUGAGGCUCCAGCAUUGAUUGGCAGGGGAUUUGAGCCACUGAUGUAGAAAAAGCUGCUGGCUGUGAUCAAUUUUGUAUGUGCUGCUAAAUUAUGAUGAGAACAGCCGAUCUGGUAUUUGUUCACAAGCCAAAGCUUAGUUUUGGUAUCUUUUUCCCAUGAAAAUUCAAAGUGUUUUGGUAAUACUUAUUGAUCUCAUAAUUUGUAAUUGCUUGUCUCUCUAUAUUGGAGUUCAAUGCAUUUUUCAGUCGCCCAGAGUUAUUAGUGUUUCCACUGUACUGACAUAAUAAGGACAUACUUAAUGAUUUGAAUUUGUUGUUAGCAUGCCAGGCAGUUCUGUGCCCAUCUCUCCUAAGUGCACAUAAAGUCAAUUAUGGAUGCUAAAUAUGGAUGCUGUAUAUAUUUAUUCUGUAGAAUAUUGUCAUUUCUGCAUACAUAAAACAAACUAUUGUUUCAAAGUAAACUGCAUUUUAUGUAAAUUUCUGGA